AGUGGGUCAAGUAUUUGCCAGAAGUAAUAGAUUAUCUUAAUAAUUAUCCGACACGUCUCAUUCGAGCUCCAGGUUCAUCAAAAUGGGGUUUAGCUCCAGCAAAAGCUAUUAAACUGGAACGAGUAGAAUCUAGGCCAUCUACAAAGUAUAAGCGCCCUGUUGGGAAAAAUGAGGAGAAUAAGUUAAAGAAGGGUGAUACAGUUCGUUACCUGCUUGCUAAUGCGGAGUGGGAAGGAGUAACGAAAAAUGAACCAGUUUUAUAUUAUCUCGGAGAUGAUGACGAUGAAUAUGCUCCAAAGCGUGGAUUUGUGAGAGAGGAACUCUUAUAUGUGAAUAUCGAUACGCUUCAGUAUCCACCCCAGAGUAUAUUGGAAGAAAACACUCGUUCCAGAUCUAUUAAUUUCGUUCGUAUUACUAAUAAAAUGUCUAAAGCCAUUGCAUAUGCUGAGAGGCGUGGCGGAGAAUGUCUUGGUAAAACUGGCCAAAUAAAUGGUUUCGAUGUAUAUCUUUGGUCAUGUGAAAAUGGACUCCAUCAAUGGGAAGCACCUUAUAAAAUCCAGAAGAAUAAAUUCGAAUGGUGUCCAUCUAUAUAA